GGCUUUUUCCUUGGGUCACUAGGUGGGCCAGGCUGAAUACGAAACUUAAAAAUAUUUUUUUUUAAACCCGCAUACGUUCAAACGGAAGCCGACGUUGACCUUUCAACCCGCGACGGGGGUCAAAGGUCACUAAUAAAAUGGCCGCCGGGCUCGCUGAUGCCGGGCCCGGGGUAAUGUACGGAAAGAGCCGAGGGGGAAAGCGCGCCGGCUGUGCGCCUGGCAAUAGGUCCGUGGUAAGCGGGUUGCAGAGCGAGUGUGAGAAUUUGGUUUCUCUCCGGGAGCUUCCCGCCCAGACCGCGGCAGAACCAGCGCGCCUCUCCAGCUCAGUCGGGAGCUCUAAGGAGGAAGGGAGGGAGAGGUCUGCCCUCCCUCAACCAAGCUGGUAGUGGGCAGGAACGCUGCUUUUCUGGGCAAAGCCCCGCCCGUAGCUGCCUGUCAACAAGCGACGCUCCUUUGGCCUCGGGAGUCAAAGCUCGUCUCCUGGACCUGGAAGAUCGCUGCUGAGUGCAGAGCCGCCUUCUUCUUCGGAAUAAGCCCGCCUUUCUUAGGCUUCGGACCCCGCUUUAAGAGUCCCGGGAGGAGCCUUUCCUCUUCUCUGAGCCUGCGUGGAGCCCCGCUGCUGCUGCUGCUGCUGCACGCCCCACUUUGAGCCGCACACACCCUCUGAUGCACAAGGACCCUUUUUCGAGUUGUGUUAGGAACCCGGGGUGGGGGCGGGGAAUGCUCCAUACCUCUCAAAACAGUCGCUCAGACAAUGCUGCCUUCGUGGACAUGUCUGAAUUUGGACUGUUCGAAGAUCUUCUGGUGAGAGAUCUUUAACAAGAAGAAACUUGACAAGAAGGAAAGAACUAAAAGGACCGUUUAAAAGACUUUUUAUGAGGAUGGUGGUGAUGUCUAUUUAAUUUUCACUGUUUAGUGCCGCUAUUCAUGAUGAACAGGAAGAAAGGAGACAAAGGGUUUGAGAGUCCAAGGCCUUAUAAAUUAACCCACCAGAUGGUGUGCAUCAAUAACAUAAAUUUCCAGAGAAAAUCUGUCGUUGGUCAUGUGGAAUUGACGAUAUUUCCCACAGUUGCAAACCUGAACAGAAUCAAACUGAACAGUAAACAAUGUAGGAUAUACAGAGUGAGAGUCAAUGAUCUGGAAGCAGCUUUUAUUUAUAACGACCCCACCCUAGAAGUUUGUCACCAUGAGUCUAAACAGAGAAAUCUCAACUACUUUUCCAAUGCCUAUGCUGCAGCAGUGAGUGCUGUGGACCCAGAUGCUGGAAAUGGAGAGCUGUGUAUUAAGGUGCCAUCAGAGCUGUGGAAACAUGUUGAUGAAUUAAAAGUCUUAAAGGUACACAUCAAUUUUUCUCUGGACCAACCAAAAGGAGGCCUUCAUUUUGUGGUUCCCAAUGUGGAAGGCAGCUUGGCAGAGAGAGGGGCCCAUGUCUUCUCUUGUGGAUAUCAAAAUUCUACAAGGUUUUGGUUUCCUUGUGUUGAUUCAUAUUCUGAGCUAUGCACAUGGAAACUGGAGUAUACUGUUGAUGCCACAAUGGUGGCUGUCUCAAAUGGAGACCUGGUAGAAACCGUGUACACGCAUGACAUGAGAAAAAAGACCUUCCAUUACAUGCUGACAAUUCCAACUGCAGCCUCUAACAUCUCUUUGGCUGUUGGGCCAUUUGAAAUCCUUGUUGAUCCUUACAUGCAUGAGGUGACUCAUUUUUGUUUGCCCCAGCUUCUUCCGCUGCUCAAGCACACCACAUCAUAUCUUCAUGAAGUAUUUGAGUUCUAUGAAGAGAUACUUACCUGUCGCUACCCUUACUCCUGUUUCAAAACUGUUUUUGUAGAUGAGGCAUAUGUUGAAGUUGCUGCUUAUGCUUCUAUGAGCAUUUUUAGCACAAACCUUUUGCACAGUGCAAUGAUAAUAGAUGAGACCCCACUGACCAGGAGGUGUUUGGCUCAGGCUUUGGCCCAGCAGUUCUUUGGUUGUUUCAUAUCCAGAAUGUCUUGGUCAGAUGAAUGGGUGCUGAAGGGAAUAUCUGGCUAUAUUUAUGGCCUUUGGAUGAAGAAAACCUUUGGCGUAAAUGAGUAUCGCCACUGGAUCAAGGAGGAACUAGACAAAAUCGUGGUAUUUGAACUGAAGACUGGUGGAGUCUUACUACAUCCAAUAUUUGGUGGAGGAAAAGAAAAAGACAACCCUGCAUCACAUUUGCAUUUUUCUAUAAAACAUCCUCACACAUUAUCAUGGGAAUAUUACACUAUGUUCCAGUGCAAAGCCCACCUAGUCAUGAGACUCAUAGAAAACAGAAUAAGCAUGGAAUUCAUGUUGCAAGUUUUUAACAAACUGUUGAGUCUGGCCAGCACAGCCUCAUCUCAAAAGUUCCAGUCUCAUAUGUGGAGUCAGAUGCUGGUUUCCACAUCUGGGUUUUUGAAAUCCAUCUCCAAUGUCUCUGGCAAAGACAUCCAGCCGUUAAUAAAGCAAUGGGUAGAUCAGAGUGGUGUGGUAAAAUUUUAUGGCAGUUUUGCAUUUAAUAGAAAACGAAACGUUUUGGAGUUAGAAAUAAAACAAGAUUAUACAUCUCCUGGAACACAGAAAUAUGUGGGCCCUCUCAAAGUGACAGUGCAAGAGCUGGACGGAUCUUUCAAUCACACUCUGCAGAUAGAAGAAAACAGCCUUAAGCAUGACAUUCCCUGCCACUCGAAGAGCAGACGGAAUAAGAAGAAAAAGAUUCCUCUAAUGAAUGGAGAGGAAGUGGACAUGGAUCUUUCUGCCAUGGACGCUGAUUCCCCUUUGCUCUGGAUAAGAAUCGAUCCGGACAUGUCCGUCUUAAGGAAGGUAGAAUUUGAGCAGGCUGACUUCAUGUGGCAGUACCAGCUCCGAUAUGAAAGAGAUGUGGUUGCCCAGGAAGAAUCUAUUUUGGCCCUCCAGAAGUUCCCCACUCCAGCAUCACGACUUGCACUGACUGAUAUACUUGAGCAAGAGCAGUGUUUCUACCGAGUGAGGAUAAUGGCAUGCUUCUGUCUUGCAAAGAUUGCAAAUUUCAUGGUGAGUACGUGGACUGGACCACCAGCCAUGAAGUCUCUCUUCACCCGAAUGUUCUGUUGUAAAAGUUGCCCAAACAUUGUGAAAACCAAUAACUUCCUGAACUUUCAGAGCUACUUUCUGCAGAAGACUAUGCCUGUUGCAAUGGCCUUGCUCAGAGAUGUUCACAAUCUGUGUCCGAAAGAGGUCUUGACAUUCAUCCUAGAUCUAAUCAAGUACAACGACAAUAGGAAAAACAAGUUUUCAGACAAUUAUUACCGGGCUGAACUGAUAGAUGCACUAGCAAACUCCGUAACCCCUGCAGUCAGUGUGAACAAUGAAGCCCGGACACUGGAUAAUUUAAACGCUGAUGUUCGCCUUGUUCUUGAGGAAAUUACCAGGUUCUUAAACAUGGAAAAGCUGCUGCCCAGUUAUAGACACACCAUUACAGUCAGCUGCCUGAAUGCCAUUCGCAUACUGCAGAAGAAUGGGCACGUCCCAAGUGAUCCUGCUGUCUUUAAGUCCUAUGCAGAAUAUGGGCACUUUGUAGAUAUCCGAGUGGCAGCUUUGGAAGCAGUGGUUGACUACACAAAAGUUGACAGAAGCUAUGAGGAACUACAGUGGCUGCUAAAUAUGGUUCAGAAUGACCCUGUACCCUACGUCAGACAUAAGAUAUUGAACAUGUUGACAAAGAACCCACCAUUUACCAAGAACAUGGAAUCUCCUUUGUGCAACGAAGCUCUAGUGGAUCAGCUCUGGAAACUUAUGAAUUCAGGUACAUCCCACGACUGGAGGCUGCGGUGUGGUGCCGUUGACCUGUACUUCACGCUCUUUGGCCUCAGCAGGCCCUCCUGUUUGCCACUGCCAGAACUAGGGUUGGUCCUCAACCUAAAAGAAAAGAAAGCUGUGCUGAAUCCUACCAUCAUCCCCGAGUCAGGGGCAAGUGGUCCGGAACCAGCUAACAAUCUGAACAAUCUGGGUCAAAUAGUUGGCUUCCAGAGCACUGAGGAGGAUCAUCUUGUUAAGGAAACGGCAGCCAUUCCCCUUGCUCUUCAGCAAGGGUUGAAGAGAAAGGCCGACACACCGCUUGGGUCACCGCUGGAACCGGGACAGAUACUUGAGAAGAAUGAAGACAGUAAAGUCAAACUCAAAAUAAGAUUCUCAAACUCUCAAGAGGAGGAAGAGAUUGAUAUGGAUACUGUUCAUGAUAGCCAAGCUUUUAUCUAUCAUCAUCUGAACAUGCUGGAAAGACCAUCAACACCAGGUAAAGAACAGUCUUCACUGGAGCUAAACAUGUUGCCCCUGCCUGCACCUCCACUGCCUGGUUUUCCGAAAGAGUCCAGCUCCUCCAAGCACAGCGAUCACCACCACCACCACCACCAUGAACACAAGAAGAAGAAGAAAAAGCACAAGCACAAGCAUAAACACAAACACAAACAUGACAGCAAGGAAAAGGAGAAAGAGCCCUUCACCUUCUCCAACAGCCCUGCCAGUGGGCGAUCCAUUCGCUCUCCUUCACUGUCAGACUGAAGCAAGCAACUCGGAGUGGCUAGAGCACUUGGAAGUGGUGCGUGCAGAUGAGGACAGUCCCAGUUUCCAUAUCGUGUGCAAAUGGGGAAACUCUGCAUCAGCAUAGCCAUGUUCGGACUGGGAUUUCAGAGUUGCUCUUCUGUUGGCCAGUGGCAACAGUAGGAUUCAGUGGGGUGUAGUUUUAGACUUCCAAGUCACCUUAGACUGUUCUUCAUCCAGUCCCCAUGCAAGCAACACUUUUUACAAGAAUCUUAUAAUCCCCUGCACGAAAGGCUGCUCAUGCAUCCUGGCACAGAGAGAGAGAGAGAGAUUUUAAACCUUGGAUGGUUGUCCUAAAGUGUAUUUUAAACUGCCAAACCCUCUGGAGAAGCUGAAGCUCCCAGUAUAGUGUUGUAUAGCAUAAUGUAAUCCCCCCACUUAAAAGCCAUUGUAUAUUCUGUUCUCAGCAUAUUCUUUACCAUGGCUGUUGUUCCACCACUUUUAAAAAAAAAAUGCCUAGAACACUUGCAUACUGAAGUCACAAGCUUUUUGUUUUAAGAUACUGACUUUUAAAAGCAAUUAUGAGCAUAGCCUGUAUAAGUAGAGCAGCAUUUGGCAAUCGUGUUUUGUUUUGUUUUUGUUGUGGAAAGAAAUGCUACUGUGUGUGCCGUGCCCUGUAAUCAGCCUCAUAAUUACAUAAUGAACUUUGGGCAAAAACAAACGCUCACAAAACUGGCAAAGAAGCUUUUUCAUGAAAUGGCAAUUAACCUUUAAAAUACACUCAUUGAGAAGGGGAAAACUCUGCAAAAAAUUCUAAAACCCUUCUAGUUUCUAGUAAAUUUUCUUGGAAAUGCUCUGUGACAAAAUUAUUUGAAUGUAAAAUGUAUAUGUUCAAAAAUUAAGUUAUCACUUGCUCUUCCGGUACAUAAAGUUAUAACUUUCAGCAAGUGUUCUAUCGAAGAGCUGGUAAUUUUGCAAAAUAGAAAGCUCAUAAUUCUGCUUUUAUAUGUUUUUAUUUCAUUUCAGUGUGUCAUUAGUGCAUUCCUCCAGUUUUCUAGAAUUUGGAGUUGCUCCUACCUGGUUCAAUUUUUCUUAUACAUUUAGUCUUUAGAGUAAAGUGUGUGUGUGUGUGUGUGUGUGUGUGUGUGUGUGUGUGUGAGAGAGAGAGAGAGAGAGAGAGAGAGAGAGAGAGAGAGAGUGAGUAUAGCUUAUUGACAGUGGAAAGAGGCUGAUUGAAGUAAAAAGAUCACGAGGACCAAGAAGGAUUUUUUUAAAGAUAAGGUAAUUUAAUAAAGCCUUUUAUAUAUAUAUUCUCUUGUGAGUUCAAUAUUGUGUGUUCCUGCUGUACACAAUCAUCAGUAUGAAAACAUGGAAGAGUGACCAAGGAAAUCUUCAUGCUAUCAUGCAAGUCUGCCUUUUGUUUCUGGCUGUGAUACUAUAUUAAAUAGUGCAAGUUAUCUUGCUUCAAACUUUAUUGGUUAAAAAAAAAUUAAGAAUUAUUUUCCUGGUACAGUACUGUUAGAGGGCAUGCAGUAGAUUAAUUGCAAAUCCAGAACAAGUAUUGUGGGAGACCUGGAAACCGACAAGGAGAAAUAAAGAAAAAUUACACCGUUUUAGGGCAAGACAUCACAGGAAACAAGAGGAAACUUAGGGCACUCCAUAUUGUUUGCACUCCUUAUUGCAUAAUCAGGAACAGUUUCUCAGGAAGCUUCCCUGCCCCAGGGAUUCUCUUGCAGUCCAGCUGAGGAACCAGAAUGCAGACUCUGUAAUGGGUGCCAGUCUUGCUCUCAUUUGCAUUGAGUGUGUGGAUCACCUCAUCACCUAUAUGAGGUGAUGUCCACUGAAUGUGCUGCAUGGGAGGAGGGACUGCAACUGAGAUCCUAACCUAACACCCCAACCCUUCUGAAAAAUCAUAUUUUAGGGACAUAGGAAACUGCCUUAUACUGAGUCAGACCAAUGGUCCAUCCAGCUCAGUAUUGUCUUCACUGAUUGGCAGCAGCUCUCAAAGGUUUUAGGCAGGAGCCUCUCCCAUUUUUUUUCUGGAGAUGCCAGGGAAGUGAAUCUGGGACCUCAGAUGCUCUACCACUGAGCUAUGUCCCCAUCCCCUAAGGGGAAUAUCUUACAUCGUUCACAUGUAAUCUCCCAUCCAAAUGCAAACCAAGGCAGACCCUGCUUAGCAAAGGAGACAGUUGAUCCUCACUACCAUAAGACUAGCUCUCAUCUCUCUCUUAGCUAAUGUGUAUCCCCCUUCACAGUUGGUAAAAGCUGUUUUCCCCCCAUCCUUGUAGGCACAUAAGUUUGUCUUCGCUCUGCUUGCAGGCUUCCGUUAUAGGCUGUGCACUGCAGGUUACAGUACCUAAUUUUCAUGAGUUAUGGGAUUUUUUUGGUUCUCUGAAUGCAGAGUAGUUUUUCCUUUUCAGAGGAAAAAGUUUGUUUAUUUAAUUUAUCUCAACAGAAAUUUGUCCUAUUUUGCUAUACCCAAACAUGCAGUGUCCAUGUUCCUCGGCACAUUUUCAUGGACAUAAGCCUUAAAGGUGCAAGCAAGCUUUACUUUGCCACAUGGUGGCACAUUUAUUUUUGCCACAUGGGGCACAUGGUAAGCAUUCCUUUAAAUAAAUAAAUCCACACUAGGCUUUGACUGUGUUGCCAAGUUGUUAUUUUGGGGCAGAAGAGUAACAUUGGCUGUUUUAAAAAUGGCAUGUUUGAUUUCAUCGAAUGGUCACUGCUUUGCAUGUCCCAUGCAUCUCCGGAUAGGGCUGGGAGAGACUCCGUUCUGAAAUCUUGGAGAGCUGCUGCCAGUUAGUGUAGACAAUACUAAGCUAGAUGGACCAGUGGUCUGACGCGGUAGAAGGCAAAAUGGCCUUAUUUUGAGCAGUGAAUGGGCAGAAGCCUUGCUACCUAAAUUGGGUCCUUUAUAUUUUAUACACUUUGGCUGUGAGGCCUGCUGAUUGAACAAUUCUGUACAAAUUUAAUACCUCUGAAUAGUUGAGCAUUUCUUGUUUGAGCAUUCCAGCGCUGAUAGUUUAAUCAAUACAGCCAGUAUGGUGUAGUGGUUGGAAUGGUGGAACAGGACUGAAGAGACCCAGGUUCAAAUCGCUAUUCACCCAUGAUAUUCACUGGGUGAUUCUGGGCCUUUCAGCUUAAUCAGCUUCACAGGUUGUUGUAAGGGUAACCAUAACUCAUUUUCAGUGCUCUCGGCUCCUGGAAGGAAGAGUGGGAAAUAAUAAAAUAGUUUGUCUUUAAGGUGCCCUGGGACUUUUAGUGGCUUUUACUGCAGAGUAGAAAAUAGAAUGAAACUGGUGUCUAUAUCAGCACAUGUAACAAUCGAUGUGUGCAUUGAGAAGCCAUUAUUUGUUGAUAUUUCCUGGCCUGUGUACACCCCAAGAUACAUGUAUCACGUGACAAUCUGUUCUGGUUUCAUGCUGUCUCCUACACUGAAGUUCUUACUGAAAGCAUACUGUGUGAAUUUGCCUUCCAAAGUGAUAUCACCAGUGUCUGUCUGUGCCAGGGACACACAGUAGUUGGGUUUCCCAGGAAAUGUGGAUUCUCAGGCAAUAUUUUUAGGCUACCUUUCAGCUGAGUCUUCCAAGACAGCUGAAAAAAAAGAAUCAGAUGAUUUAGAACAAAUGGGAAUAUAAUAAAUUGCAGAUAAAAACAAUGCUAGGGCCAUAAUCCCAUGCACAUUUACUGGACUAAGCCCCAUUGAAUAUAAUAGGAUGUCUUUCUGAGAACAUGCACAGGGUUCCAUUGUAAACAAUACAAUCGGUUGUAAAGCAAUAAAAUAAGCUAAGGCAGCAAUCAAAUUGUCUACUGAAAACCUGGAAGAAUACCAGGGGUGUAGCUAUAAUUGAGCAGAUGGGUUCAAUUAACCUGGGGGCCCCAGCUAUUGAGGGGCCCCCAACUCCACUCCCUAUUUUCUUCAUUAUCUCCCACACUCUGAGGGGCCACUGGGGAAAGGGGCAAACACAUGCCCCAUCUCCCCUAGCUCUGCCCCUGGAGAAUACAGUGUCUUCGCUGACCCCAAAUGCAACAGGGUCAGUGUAUCUCUGAGGAUAUUCAUUCCACAACUGGGGAGCCACCACUGAAAAGGCCCUGUCUCCAGUUACCACCCACCUGCAGGUGCUGUCACCCACAUCAGGGCCUUUAUGGGAGGGAAGAGAUCAUAUUUCUAAGACUGUGAAAUCACCAUAGUGCAGAUCAGUGUGAUUUCAGCAAGCAACUAUGGGAAAUACUUUCUUUUUAAAGUUGUCUUGGAAUCAGUCUUAUUCUGUGACAAUGUUAAAAAUGCGGGGGCAGCAUUUUUAUAUAGCGAAACUGCAGGGGGCAGGCAGGGACUUUGGAUGAACCAGAGGCUGGAGUGCAUUUUCAGAGCUUCACCAUGCAUGUAAAAAGCAUGAUAUGAUGAGACUUGAAUGGGCACAUCUCCCUGUAGUUCCCAGAAGUCUCUGGUUGCUUUGACAUUGUAAUACUGAGUUCAUCUAUCAUGAUUACAGGAAUGUUUUAUAGCUGCUUCCCUCCUAACUACAAAGUAAUCUUAUGUUUAACUAAGACUUUAUUCCAGAAACAACUCCAUUUUCUCAUUCUUUUCCUCCCCUUUUCUUUCCAACACUACCCCCCACGCACUCUUCAGGAUCCUCACUGGGACAAACUUCUAAUCAACAAAACAAAAGACGGCUAGAUAUAAUACAAGAGGGAACUAAUGUCGCACAGGGCUAAGAAACUGGGUUGUGAAAUGGGCAGAUUGGCUUAAGCAAACCAGCAGGAUAUGUUCUUAAAGGCAUGCAUGUUAUUAAAUUUUUAAUAAUGUAUUUUCAUAUUUUCUGCUUGGCUUUAAUAUUAAAAUGGUUUUUAAAUGGU